AUGUCCGCCCAGCAGAGCGCUGUUUCCGCCAAAGGCUUUUCCAAGGGGUCUUCCCAGGGCUCCGCUCCGUGCCCGGCCCCGGCGCCCUCCGUGACCCCCGCCCCCUCGUCCUCCUGCUGCAACGGCUGCGGCGACUCCGGCUGCUGCGGCGGCUCCGGCUGCUGCGGCGGCUCCGGCGGCUGCGGCGACUGCGGGUGCUGCGGCCCGGUCUCCACCGGAUGCUGCUGCUUUCCAAGGAGGCGCCGCCGGCAGCGCAGGAGCGGGUGCGGCUGCUGUGGGGGUGGCAGCCAGAGGUCUCAGUGCUCCGACACUCAGAGCCCAGGCUGCUGCGGCAGCUGCUGA